UCCAGAAACAUGGCGGCACCUGUUAGUAACAACUCAGGCUGUUGGGUCUCCCCAGAGGUUUAUAAACACCACGAACAGCGGAAAGUAUGCAUUUCUCGACCAAAAUAUAGAGAGGGAAGGAAAGCGAAAGCUGUUAAGGUGUACACGAUCAACUUAGAGUCUCGUUACCUGAUGGUCCAAGGGGUCCCAGCCAUUGGGGUGAUGACAGAGCUGGUCCAGCUGUGUGCCCUGUACGGAGCCGUGGAGGAGUACAGGCCCCUGGACGAGUACCCCGCUGAGGAGUUCACGGAGGUCUACCUUGUCAAGUUCCAGAAACUCACCAGCGCCAGAGCGGCCAAACGACACAUGGAUGAGAAGGGUUUCUAUGGUGGUGUGCUGCAUGUGUGCUACGUCCCAGAAUAUGAGACUGUGGAAGACACCAGACUAAAGCUGCAGGACCGGAGGAGAUACAUCAUCAGGGCUGUUCAGAAUAAAGCAAGAGAAAAGCAACAGAAGGAGGCAGUAAACGAGGAGCCCUCGUCAUCAAACACAGCCACCACAUCAAAGACGAUCAUCACCAGACAGGAUAAAGCCUCUGACAAAGAUAAUACAUGGGAGACUUCCAACAUUAGCCGUUAUUCAAGCUUUCCUCUACUGCCUGUACCCCCCCAGGAACAUCAUUACUACGGACAUAAAAGCGAACAGAGGACUAUACCAACAGCGGAUAAAAUGGGGACAUUACAUAAUGCCAUCACUUACACAAAACAGCAGCCAGAAGAGAGUUUAAGCUCCAUCCAAACCUCUUCAGACAGGGACAGAGGCACAGAACACAGACUGACCUCACAUCAAUCUUCUGCAGUCAGAUUUGUCCCAAGGACCGCACACUUAGAGAACAGAAAACGCAGGAUGGAAGAGGCUGCGGAGCUCUCGCUGACUGAUGUUACUGGAAACAGUGAACCACUUAUUGGACCAAAGCUACCAGAACCACCUAAACUAGACAUGGAGGAUGAGUCACUGAACACAACUGUCAACCUGAUCAGGAACACACUGAAACAGGUGGAAUCGAUUCCUGACCUCAAACCAGUGCAGAAAAAGCCGAAACCUCGUCGUCGGAUUUGAUCAAGCAAGCUGCCUCGAUGGACUGGACAGAUUAUACUGCUACUACAGUUUCACUUGGCAGCAUGUUUUUAUUUGCAAAUUACAUCACAGUGCAAAAGCUGUUAACAUUUCUAUUAAAGAAAAUAUAGAUGAAAA